UAGUUCCAUAUCCUAGCCGGCUCGCCGACAAAAGAGGGCAGAGAAACCACAAACCCCAGAAGUCCUCACGUCCACUUUUCUCCCUCCCCCUCCAGGAGUCGGAGUGCUGUUUUUGUUGUUGGUGGAAGGUGAGGGAACAGCUGAUCCGUGUGUGGGGGCAGAUACCUUGAGGGCAAGAUGGAAGAAUCAUCACUAAGCCGGGCACCCUCCCGGGGUGGAGUCAACUUUCUGAAUGUAGCCCGGACCUACAUCCCCAACACCAAGGUGGAAUGUCACUAUACCCUUCCCCCAGGCGCCGUGCCCAGCGCCAGCGACUGGAUUGGCAUCUUCAAGGUGGAGGCUGCCUGUGUUCGGGAUUACCACACUUUUGUGUGGUCUUCGGUGCCUGACAGUGCAACUGAUGGUUCCCCUGUCCACGCCAGUGUCCAGUUCCAAGCCAGCUACCUGCCCAAACCUGGAGCCCAGCUCUACCAGUUCCGGUAUGUGAACCGCCAGGGCCGGGUAUGUGGGCAGAGCCCCCCUUUCCAGUUCCGAGAGCCAAGGCCCAUGGACGAACUGGUGACCCUAGAGGAGGCCGAUGGUGGCUCUGACAUCCUGCUGGUCGUCCCCAAGGCCACUGUGCUGCAGAACCAGCUGGAUGAGAGCCAGCAAGAGAGAAAUGACCUGAUGCAGCUGAAGCUGCAGCUGGAGGGACAGGUGACGGAGCUGAGGAGUCAAGUACAGGAGCUUGAGACGGCUCUGGCAACAGCCAGGCAGGAGCAUGCGGAGCUGAUGGAGCAGUACAAGGGGCUUUCCCGGUCCCACGGGGAGCUCACAGAAGAGAGGGACAUCCUGAGCCGGCAACAGGGAGACCAUGUGGCACGCAUCCUGGAGCUAGAAGAUGACAUCCAGGCCAUCAGUGAGAAAGUGCUGACAAAGGAGGUGGAGCUGGACAGGGUGAGAGACACCGUGAAGGCCCUGACUCGGGAACAGGAGAAGCUUCUUGGUCAACUGAAAGAAGCGCAGGCCGACAAGGAGCAGAGCGAGGCUGAGCUCCAAAUGGCACAACAGGAGAACCACCGCUUAAAUCUGGAGCUGCAGGAAGCAAAGGGCCGGCAGGAGGAGCAGAGUGCCCAGGCCCAGCGACUGAAGGACAAGGUGGCCCAGAUGAAGGACACCCUAGGCCAGGCCCAGCAGCGCGUGGCUGAGCUGGAGCCCCUAAAGGAGCAGCUUCGAGGAGCCCAGGAGCUCGCAGCCUCAAGCCAGCAGAAAGCCACCCUUCUUGGGGAGGAGUUGGCCAGCACAGCGGGAGCCAGGGACCGCACCAUGGCGGAGCUACACCGCAGCCGCCUGGAAGUGGCUGGAGUCAAUGGCAGGCUGGCUGAGCUCAGCCUGCACCUGAAGGAGGAAAAAAGCCAAUGGAGCAAGGAGCGGGCGGGGCUGCUGCAGAGUAUGGAGGCAGAGAAAGAUAAGAUCCUGAAGCUAAGUGCAGAGAUACUUCGACUGGAAAAGGCAGUUCAGGAGGAGAAGACCCAGAAUCAAGUGUUCAAGACUGAACUAGCCCGGGAAAAGGAUUCUAGCCUGGUGCAGUUGUCGGAGAGCAAGCGGGAGCUCACAGAGCUGCGGUCAGCCCUGCGCGUGCUCCAGAAGGAGAAGGAACAGUUGCAGGAGGAGAAGCAGGAACUGCUAGAGUACAUGAGAAAGCUGGAGGCCCGCCUGGAGAAGGUGGCAGACGAGAAGUGGAACGAGGAUGCUGUCACAGAGGACGAGGAGGCGGCUGUGGGCCCGAGCUGCCCAGCGGCUCUGACAGACUCAGAGGACGAGUCCCCAGAAGACAUGAGGGUCCCUCCCUAUGGCCUGUGUGAGCGUGGAGACACAGGCUCUUCUCCUGCUGGGCCACGAGAGUCUUCUCCCCUGGUCGUCAUCAGCCAGCCGGCUCCCAUCGCUCCCCACCUCUCAGGGCCAGCUGAAGAGAGUAGCUCUGACUCGGAGGCCGAGGAUGAGAAGUCAGUCCUCAUGGCAGCUGUUCAGAGUGGAGGUGAGGAGGCCCACCUGCUGCUUCCUGAGCUGGGCAAUGCCUUCUAUGACGUGGCCAGCACCAUCUUCCGUGGAGCCCAAAUUGCCCUGCAUCCCCUCUCUCCUGCCCCUCCCCCUUCCCCAACCACCAGUGGCUUUGCAGUGGGACCCUUGUCAGAGGCCAGCACCGGGGGCCCUGCCACCCCCCCUUGGAAGGAGUGCCCUAUUUGUAAGGAGCGCUUUCCGGCUGAGAGUGAUAAGGAUGCUCUGGAGGACCACAUGGAUGGACACUUCUUUUUCAGCACCCAGGACCCCUUUACCUUUGAGUGAUCUCACCCCUCCCCAGUACAUGCACAGAUGCACUCACACACACACACACACACACACACACACACACACACAUUCAUGCACAGACUGGGCAUGAUAUUCUGGGCUCCAUGAUAUUCUGGGCUCCAUGAUAUUCUGUUCCCUAAGAACCGCCCCUGCCUUUGAGCCAUUUUCAUCCCAAGCUCUCACCGGCAUCCUCUCCUGCCUGGUUCUUUUGUCCAAGCAGGGGUCCUUUUUGGAAGCGGUGGCUGACCUUACCCCCUAAAAGCGGUUUUGGAGGAACCAGGAUGGAGGAGAACUUCCCCAGGGGCAGGUUGCUUCUGUCACGGACACCAGCCACACACACACACACUCAUACACACACACUCACACACACUCUCUGAUGCCCCAAAGCCAAUUCCCCGGGGCACCCCACCCUCUCUUAUUGGGGGUCUUUGUUGGUUUAUCUGAGUUUUCUCUGGGGCCUGCAUGGAGGCAGCAGCAUGGACAUCACGGCCUCUUCAGGUCUCUUUCAGUUCUGAGCUUCAGUGGUUCUUUCUGUUCCCGCCCCCCCCCCCACCAUUGCUUUCUGCACCCCCACCCCAGCCUUUUCCACACCAUUAGAUAUGAAAUUUGGAUGUUUCUUUUGUAUUUUUGAGGUUUUCUGUACUCUUACCUCCUGCUCCACCCUGCCACCACCCCCCAGUGUCCUCACAUGGAAAGAAAUAAUGCAUUUGUGCCUUCUGUGAGGGAUGGGGAGAACACAGGGUCCCAGGUGUCCCCGUUUCUCAGCCCUCCUCCCUCUCCAGGUUCCCCCCCCCCCAGCAAUAAGAGCUUUCCCUCAUUAUCCCUCCCCCGAUCUGUAGUUUGGACAAAUAUAUUUAUAUGAUAUGUAUAACGAUUCUAAUAAAAUGUGUUCUUACCAUGA